AUGGGGUUAAGUUUGCCGUCGGGGUAAAGUGUGCAUGUGUGAGCCAUCGAUUGGUCAGGGACGGCGUGGCGUACCGUCCGAUCAUUAACCCAGUUGUGUUCGCGACGCGGCGCCGCCGGGCACGCGACCGGCCGGCUCGCUCAGUCCACCACCAUGCAACUGCCGGAGACGGCGCCUCCGCCCCUCGCUCCGCUAUGGGAUCGUGUCCUCCGAGCCCGGGCGCUGCCGCCGGACCUCGACGUUGAGCUCCUCUACAUCGCUAUAAGGGAUCGCCUCACACACCCUGAAUGGGAAGUCCGUCUCCAUGCUCUUCGCGUGCUCGCUGAUCUCCUGCCGCUCUCUGGCAACGCACUAACGUUCCCUUUCGACCAAGUUAUAGAUAACUUGGGACAUGGCUCCCCAAACGUCCGCAAAGCUGCACUAGAUGCUUUGAAAGUGUUUUGCUCCCAUUGCGAGGACCCAGAAUGCGCGGCUAGAGCUAUUCUAGACAAGUGCUCUUAUCAUAACAUUAGACCACAUUCAGCCGAUUUUGACACCAAAGUUAAUGUAAUAACUGGCUUAAUUCUGUCUAUUCCUUCAGUUAUGGCAAUUUUGAAAAGAAGACACUCUGUGUUAGAUACGUUUCCAAUUUUUCAGACAUUAGGAGAUAAACUUUUUGAUCAUGUACACAGAGAUGUAGCGUUAAGGUCGCUUAUUAAGCUAAGAAGAGUUGUCGGCCCGAGAGAUUACAUGAUUUACUUGUCAAGAUUAGAACCAAAAGUGCAAGAUAAAUUUCGUAUUUUGUGUGAAGUGUAUGAUGAAGAUUCGCUUGAUGUAUACUAUGCUCCUAGAAAAACCACUUACCGAGAUAAAAACAGCCAUCAGUUGGUUAAAAUAAACCAUGUUUUUAAUAGCCCUGUCAGACUAUCAACUUGUGAUACCUCAUCUGAUGAUUCAUAUAACCACGUGCCAUGUUAUGGAAAUAAUUACGCAAAAGUGAUAAUCGAAACUGAAAUCAAAUUCGACUCCGAUACUGCAAUUACGAUGACCGUUUUAGAGGAGAAUGAGACUGAAUCUGAGAAGAAUACGGGUAGUGAAGAAGAUUGUGAUAGUUCCGAUCGGAACAUGCUGAAAUAUAGCGACGGGGACUCGGAAGACAUGGAUGUUGUAGUUAAAAAGGUGCGAUUUGGAGGAGAAAGUGUUAAAAUUCGCACACCUGACAGCGAAAACAUAGCAACGAGUGAAGACGAUUCUAUUCAAAACAAAUCUGCAGCCAUACAACAUUCGCACAUCGAAGAAGCGUCUAUGCAAGUAACACCAUUGAUUGUGAGUAAAAUGAAUGAUAUAAAACGGGAAGCAUUUGAAAGGGAAUCGCAAAGCAAACCUAAAAAGAGUGGAAUUCCAUUACCAGUCAUUAACAACAAACCUCGCAACCCUACUAUAGAAGCAACAUACAGUAAAGUCAAAUUAAAAUCGAAAUCAUUAAGUGAAUUGUAUGACUAUUUUAGAUCUAAGAACGAAGCACCGGAGGACAAUUUAAAAAAUUCGGGGUUCACACUGACUUUGACUGAGAUCCGAACUCCGGAUAAACUUCCGAGUCCAGUGGAACCACACAGAGAAGUCGAGGUGCUUCAUAAUCUACAGCGAAGUCCAACAGUGUCUCCUCGCCGAAGAUCAACACGGCUACAUCUAGAGCAGGAUGGAUUCGUGCUGAGCCUUCUAGCGUCAUCAUCGCCCAAAGAAGAAGACUACCUCUCUCCGCGCGGACCCUCACCACUUCGCGGGCACUACCAAUGGGAAGAUUUAGGAGUAGUUCCAAAACAUAUUUCGGAUCAAUUACACAAUACGGAAAACUGGAUAGCAGCAGUAAAAGCGGCCGAUCAGUUGCACAGUGCUCUACUAGACGCAGAGAACGUGCGGCGCGCGGAGCCGGCCGCUCUCUCGCUUGUACAACACAUGUGGGCUUUAAGCGAAGAGGUCUCGGCAGCCAGAGCACCAGCAGAAGGAGCAGUCUGUGCCCUAUUGCGAGGAGCCAGCAAAGACUGCGUUAGGCGGCUCCUGCCAGCCUUAGUGGCCAGGAUGGGCCGAGAACCACCACCGACCGCACUACCUCAUGCGAUGCUGCAGACCAUACCUUUGCACAAUCUCAUUGACGUAAUUUUCGACCCUGCUGUAAUCGGCAUGUCUGGUGACACGGAGCGAAUGCAAAGUACACAACUUCGCGCUGCGCUUUGUCUCGCAAGAGCUGCCGGCCCAGCCGCGGUCCUGACCGCAGUUCGGAGACGACUCGCCGACACCGUUACGGCGGAUGUGUUUUGUAAUAAGUUACGAGAACGACUCAGUAAGCCUGUCGAAAACAGAACCAGCCACGUGUCAAGGAGCUCCCUUCUUCCGGUGCCAGUGCGAAGACGCGCUCGCUCGACGCCCUCGCCUGCGGGUCCGCCUCCGCCGAGACGAUUGAGGCCAUUACCAGACUCUGCUCCAUUACCGAGUAUUUCACAAGCAAACGGGGAGUCUAUACACAAAGCUUUAUCGCCGAUUCCACUAAGUGACAAAGAUUCGAGCGCGCUCACCGCUACUUGUGAAGAUGUCACUGAAGAGAAAGAAAAAAAGAUAUCGUCGGAAAGCCUAAUUUUCGGGGAAACCACUAUCGUAGACAUUCCUGUAGACGAAAUUGAUAAUGUACCGCCCGCACCGCACUCGCCGUCUAUUCACGUCGAAGAUUAUUCGGAGAAGUCCAUUAAAGGCGCUGAAUCUCAGAAUGAGAAUAGUUUGAAAGACAAUAAUUCGCUUCACGGUAACAAUGAUUUUGGUUCGCAGAAAUCAUUAAGCUCCGAAAGGGCCGAAUCGCCCCUUUCACGACCUCAGAGCAGACUUUCUUCGCCCAGUCCGGUGUCGGCUAGGAGUAGAAGUGAAUCCGCCAGCCCGAUUAAAAGCGGUCAACGGUCACCCGACCCCACGAGUAACGUUUACAAGCCCGCGUGCGAACGCGACGUGCGUUCGGCGCUCACGGAGUGUAUAGUACCCGCUAAACACGAGGAUUGGGAAGUCAUAGUGAACGCAUUAACGGAAGCCGAGCGACUCGCGUCGGACAGCGGAGCGCGGGCACCGGCGACGAGCUGGCGGGCGGUAGUCCGCUCGACGGCCACUCACGUUAAGUCGCUACGUUCUCGCGUAUCCCGAACCGCGUGCUCCACCAUGGGAUCUCUGUUCGAACAUCGAGGUCGGUCGCUGGACCCCGAGCUGGAGGAUGCGGUGACGGCGCUGCUGGAGCGCUGCGCGGACGUGAAUCGGUUUCUGCGAGCGGACGCCGCCUCGGCGCUGGUGCGCGUGGCGUGCGGGAGCAGCAGCGCGCGCGCCGCGGUGGCGCUGGCGCGGAGAGGCGCGACGCACCGCGCCGGGCCGGUGCGCGCGGCGACGGCGCAGGCGCUGACGCGGCUGGUGGAGCGGCGCGGCGCGGCGCGCAUGCUGGACCUGCCGGCCGAGCCGCGCACGCUGCUGCUGCGCGCGGCGGGCGAGCUGCUCGGCGACGCGUGCGCCGAGGCGCGCCUGCACGCGAGGCUGCUCUGCCUCGCCCUGCUCGAAGACACGCGGUUUCGGCCGAUGCUCAAAGAAUCCAUGCAACCGACCCGAUAUAGAGCCAUACAGAAAUUUGUGGAUAAACUGCGAUGACCAUAAAAUUAUACUUAUAGGUAC